AUGGCAGGCAACGAGCCCACGCUCUCGUCUCGCGCGAACCAGUACAUCCGCGAGGUCCUGCACAACACCGAGGCGCCACCCGCGAUACCCGUCCGCUACUUCUACACGUCGCCGCUCGCCAUAGACGACCCGCUGUCUCCGCUCCCGCCGCCGCCAACAGGCACCUCGACGGCCAAGAGGGUGCCGCCGCGGCCCUUCUCGCAGUACGACAACGACGCCAUCCAGGAGUCGUGGCUGGACCUGCGCAACAAGAUCCUGAAGCACAAUGAGGAGUUUGGCGAGAAAGACGCGACGGGCCGUGGCACGCCCACCAACCCGGCUGUCGAGAGACUGAAGAGGAAGAGAGGCGCUAGCGCUUCCAGCGAGGAAGGCUCGAUCCAGGGAAGGGACAUACCUUCCGCCCGCUCAUCAAGCCGAGGGCAGUACUCGAGGUCUGCCGAGCUGGUCGACAGGAAGGCACCCGGCUCGGGCUCGGGCUCUGGUUCUGGCAGUUACGGCCAGUCCAUGUCUGGCUCGCUCAAGGCAUACGACCCUGGCCCAAUAUCUCCCCUCGAGCCUGCGACUACCGGCACGCCUUUCAUCCGAGCCCCGUCGAGAGGCAAUCUGGCCAAGUCAUGGAAGCCGGCGCCCAUGGAAGGAGGCCAUCGCCCCACUAUCCACGAAGUCGACAGCUACAAGUGGGAUGACGACAUGGAGCCUGCUCUGUCCACUGCCAAAGACAAGGCGCCUGCCGGAAGAUCCUCCAAGCCGAAACCAGGGCCUUCCGCAAAGGUGCCUGUGGGUGUCUCGAGACUACACCAUGUCGUCAUGGACACUGACGCAAUACGCAUGGAGCCUAUAUACUGGUCACCGCUCAGCGAUGUCGCUCAGAUUGUUAGAGGGACGUGGUUCUACAAGGACAGCAUGAUGCCCGUCGAGGUUGAGGUCGCCAACAUGCUCGAAGCCGGAUACAUCGAGCUGAAGCCCUGGACCCAGACGUGGACGGACGAGUUGAACAGUGCUGUCGAGGUCGGUGCACUUGGAGAGAUGAAGAUACUACACCACCUAUGGCCCGAGAGACCUAGGAGGUCCGAGAGUAGACCUUCGACCUCGCAAGGCAUAAUGCAAUCAGCCGGUCUUGUUCAGAGCACCCUUCCUGACGACGACGACGACCCAGAGAAGGAGCGACGUGAGACGGUGGAAAACGCGUGCGACCUCAUCGACAUCUCCACAGGUCCAGGGGGACCAGACCACAAGGCAGCUGGAGACCUCGAGUACGGUGCCGACGGAAGGAAGCGCCUUUAUUUGAAAGCGGGCGUCAUAUACUCCAACGACAAAGAGGCCUUCAUCCUCAAGCCAGCUCUUCAGCCGUCAGACUACUAUGGGCGACGACCAGUAGCAAACUAUAUUCGCAAGGGCAGAGCCAUUGGUGUACACGUCGUACGUGGCUUUGAUCAGGCCAUCUGGGAUAAGCUGCAUCCUAGCAAGAACACGCCAAAGGCACAAGCAGCGCGCGAAGGUGUCUCGUCGUCACAAGGCGGCGCGCCGCAAUAUCGGAGGCAGAAGUCGGACCCCGAACUCGCGCAGUCAGAGAGACCGAAAGUGUCAGACCUAGUGUUGGUGAUACACGGAAUUGGGCAAAAGUUGUCAGAGAGAAUGGAGACGUUUCACUUCACCCAUGCGAUGAACGCCUUUCGACGAGAGAUGAACGUCGAGCUUGGAACCCCGGAUGUGAAGCGACACUUGCGGAAGGACAUGGGAGGCGUCAUGUGUUUGCCAGUCAACUGGCGGCAUCGCGUGUCCCUCGAUGUCGACAACACUGAAAACCCCGAGCUCGAAGAUCCCUCCGCGAACAAAUACACGCUCAAGGACAUCACCCCAGAUACGCUGCCCUCUGUCCGUGGCAUAGUUAGCGACGUCAUGCUCGAUAUUCCAUACUACCUGUCGCCCAUGCACAACCCCAAGAUGAUAUCAGCUUGUAUACAAGAGGCGAAUCGCAUCUAUCGCCUGUGGUGCCAUAACAACCCAGGAUUCGCAGAGUAUGGGCGAGUGCACUUGAUCGCUCAUUCGCUCGGCUCGGUAAUGGCCAUCGAUAUCCUGAGCCAACAGCCAACCUAUGUUGAUCCUCAAUUUACUGACCCUUCGUUCCCUGAGGCUGACCUACCACAAGAUCAGUUCAUCUUCAAUACUACCGACCUCUUUGUCUGUGGUAGCCCUGUUGGCCUCUUCCUCCUCAUGAAGAACGCCAACCUGCUUCCGCGUCGCGACAAAGAGAAGCCAGGUGCAGAUUCGUAUGCUGCUCCCGGUGUGGCCGGCGAGCAAGGCACCUACGGAUGUCUCGCUGUCGACAACAUCUACAACAUCAUCAACCCCUACGAUCCUGUCGCCUGUCGCAUAAAUCCAACCGUCGAUGUUGUAUACGCUUCUAUGCUGAAACAAACAACCAUCCCGUCAGCAUCGACAUCCUACUUCGCCUCUCUCAACCCUUUCCGCUCUUCCACUUCCAACUACAACAACUCUUCAAACAACAAGCCAACGCCCAUUCGUCUGCCCAGUAAUGUCGAGCUCGAGACCCAUAACUUCACACGCGAGGAAAUCGCCGAGAAGAGAGCCUAUCUGCUCAAUGACAACGGCCAGAUUGACUUUUAUAUGAAGUACGGUGGUGGUCCAUUAGAGAUUCAGUACUUGACCAUGCUAGGUGCACAUAGUAGUUAUUGGAUCAACAAAGAUUUCGUUCGGAUGAUAGUUGUUGAGGUGGGGAGGGGAUUAGGAAAAGACGGCACAAUCAGAGAGAUGAGAGUACAGAAGAAGAAGUUAGCUGUUGGUGGAGCAGCAUAG